AUGAAGACGCUGCGCUUCCUGGCAGCUGAGAGCUGUGCAUGCGGAGGUCUGAGCUCUCUGGAGGCGCUGAGCUGUGUGAGCUUUAACCUAUACCCCGUCCUGUUCAAGGCCAGCUACCUGCAUGAGCGGCCGGAGCUGCUGCAGCACCUGGUGCAGACCUGGCCGCUGCCGGAGCUGGACCUGCGGGUGCUGCUGGGCGGGACGGCGGACUGCGCGGAGGACCUGAGGACGCGCACAUGCCGGCUCUGCAUGGAGGCGCUGCUGACCGGCCUGAGGGACUACGUGCUGUGUGGGCCGCGCACCUACGGCCGGGCGCUGCGGUGCGUGGACCUGACGGCACUGCGGGACGUGGAGCGGCAGGCGUGUGUGUGCGGACGGACGCUCGGCCGCUGGGGCCGCACGCUGCUGUUCACCCGCGUCUCCCACGAGCUGCUGCUCGCCAUGCAGACCGGCCACGCCCCGCCCUCCGCCUUCAGCACCUGCAUCGACGUGCGGCUCAACGCCUUCGUCACCGGCCGCAGCUACGAGGCGGUGACGCAGGCGCUGCUGCUGGGCGGCCACGCCCCGCUGCGGCUCUGCUGCGUGGGGCUGCGCGCCGACUCCCUCACCCCACGCCAGCUGUACUCCGCCCUGCGGCUCGCGCACACGCCCGCCAUGCGCCGGCUGGAGGUGGUGCACAACGUCAGCCUGGACGCAGCACACCUGCAGGUGUUGCUGUCCCAGCUGGAGUUCCCCGAGCUGCGGGCGCUCACCCUGCCCACGCGCGCGCUGGACACCCGCCGCCUCGCCCCCGACGAGCAGGACCUGCUGGCCUCCAUCGGGGCGCGGCUCGCUCUCCUGCCCAAACUCACCGAGCUCUACCUGGCCUUCUCCACCCUCAGCUCACACCUGCGCCACCUGCUCAGCCCCCUGCAGACCCCGCUGCAGGUGCUGGAGCUGGCCAACUGCAGCCUGACACCUGUGGACAUGGCUUACCUGGCCAACAGCCUGCACGCAGAGCACCUGGUGAGCCUGGACCUGAGUGGGCACGACGUGGCCAGCGUCUUCCCCAUCACCUUCCGGAAGCUUCUGCGGCGCUGUGCGGGCACGCUGGCCAGCCUGGCGCUGGAGGAGUGCGCGCUGGAGGACCAGCACCUGGACUUCCUGUGGGAGGCGCUGUCAGCGUGCCGAGGGCUCUGCGAGCUCAAGCUGCUGGGGAACCCGCUGGGCGUGGCAGGUCAGCGGCGGCUCCUCGCCGCGCUGGCGGGGCUGGCCUCCCUGCGCUACCUGGAGCUCCCCGUCCCGCGAGACUGCUACCCCCCCGACGCCUCCUACCCGCUGGACGAGGCGGCGCUGGUGCAUUUCGACCGGGAAGGCUUCGAGCGGGCCCGGGCGGAGCUGCUGGCCAUGCUGCAGCGGGCGGGGCGCGGGGACGUGGAGGUGUGCACCCCGCUGUUCGGCGCCUACGACCCCGACAUUCACGAGACCAGCGGCGAGCUGGGCGUGGCCAUGCUGCACUCCUUCAGAGACGUGCUGAGUAGCUUCACCAGCACCAUCUCCGUAACUGUCCUUCAGAGGAGACAGUACAGGAUCACAGCCAUGCGCUCCUCUGGAAAACAGCUGGAUUUUGUGGAAUUGACCUAUCAUCAAGAUAAUAUUUUCAGUUCCUUCUCAUGGUACAUGUGGUGGAAAUAAAUGUGAAUCUUUUUACCAGGAGAACACACAGGAGCUUCGGCCAAACCCGUCUGCUGAAGGCAGGACACGACAGGUGUGUUAUCUCUGCUUGCUUGCUAUCUCUGAGUUGCUCCUCAGGCCCAGAUUCUCCCUGUCUGUGUGCACUGCUGCCGUUAGCCUCAGACAGGUGACCUUUAUUGACCUUGCCAGUAGUGCUUUAUGGUGUGAUCACAGUGAGAGUUCCACUUUCCAGUGAGUAACUGAAACAUGAGCAUUGCAGAUGGUCUCACAUAUGAGAGAGAGGAGAAUGGUGCCCCAGGGAGGGUAAAGCUUUAUGUACAGGCCUGGC